UAAAAAACAAAUUAAUAAUUAAUUGUUUAAUGAUUUAUUGCUCCAAUUAAUUCCUUAGAUUACGACAACAAUAUGCUGUUCAAUUACACCUAAAUGUAUACAUGUGCCGUGUGGUACAACUGCGAAGAGCACGCGCACGUUUUUUUUCGCCUCUGCUGUUCUUGCGUUCAGUCAUUUGCUCUGACGAGGCGACGAAGUAAAUCACCGCGUGUUUCUAAUCGCUGCAACUAGCCUGGCUGCACCAAUUCCGAAGGAGAAAUGUCUGUAACGCAGACGAAACAAAUCAAAUUUUACAACCCAUCGAGUUCCGCGAGCUCCGACAGCGAUGAUCGUUCCGAUGUGACGGAACCGCUCUACGUCGAUCUGGGCAAUGGGACUGUUGGCGGCGGGGAUCUUAACUGCUGCCCGGCCUCGCCCACCACAGUGCCUACCAAGACGGCGCUGGAGUCACCCAUGCGACGCGCCGGGCGGCGACAGCGCACCACCUCGAUUGGCAAUCAGACAACCACCGCAAAUCCGUCCGAGUGCAUUAUACGGGCCAACAAUCGUACUAUCUAUACAGCCGGUCGUCCACCAUGGUACAACUGUGCGGGUCAGCAGGUGGAGCCUUUUGUCAUAGGCAUCUGCGGCGGCAGUGCAUCCGGCAAGACAACUGUGGCCGAGAAAAUCAUAGAAAGCCUGGAUGUGCCAUGGGUAACCCUGUUGUCCAUGGACUGUUUCUACAAGAUCCUGAACGAGAAGCAGCACGAGCAAGCUCUGAUCAACGAGUAUAACUUUGAUCAUCCGGAUGCCUUUGACAUUGAGCUGCUGGUCGAUGUGCUCACAAAGCUAAAGGAGGGCCGCAAGGUGGAGGUGCCGGUAUACAACUUUGUCACCCAUGGCCGUGAGACACAAACGAAGACCAUGUACGGUGCGAAUGUCAUCAUAUUCGAGGGCAUUCUCACCUUUCACAGCCCCGAGGUGCUUAAGCUGCUGGACAUGAAGAUAUUCGUGGACACGGAUCCGGAUAUACGUCUGGCCAGGCGCCUUAAGCGCGACAUCUCACAACGUGGACGCGAACUGAGGGGUGUGCUCAAGCAAUACCUGAACAUGGUGAAGCCUUCUUAUGCCAAUUAUAUAGCGCCAACCAUGGCCCAUGCGGACAUCAUUGUGCCACGAGGCGGCGAGAAUAAAGUCGCCAUUCAUCUCAUUGUGCAGCACGUGCACACCCAGCUGCAACUGCGCGGGUUCAAGCUGCGCGAGACGCUGGCCAACUCGUACAAGGACCAGCCAAUGCCACAUUCUCUGCAUUUACUGGAUCCCACGCCCCAAAUCAAGGGCCUGCACACGUUUAUCCGCUGCCGGAAUACGUCCAGAGAUGAGUUCAUCUUUUAUUCGAAACGCCUUAUACGCCUCGUCAUCGAGUAUGCCCUGAGUCUGUUUCCCUUCAAGCUGACCACCGUGGAGACGCCACAGGGUGUGCUGUACGAGGGCAAGCGCAUGUCCUCGCGAAAGAUUUGCGGCGUUUCCAUUCUGCGUGCCGGCGAGACCAUGGAGCAGGCCGUCUGUGAUGUGUGCAAGGACAUACGCAUUGGCAAGAUCCUCAUACAGACCAAUCUGAAGACCGGCGAGCCAGAGCUUUACUACCUGAGGCUGCCCAAAGACAUAAAAGACUACAAGGUGAUACUAAUGGAUGCCACCGUCGCCACUGGGGCAGCGGCCAUGAUGGCCAUUCGUGUGCUCCUGGAUCACGAUGUGCCCGAGGAUAACAUCAUUCUGGCCUCACUGCUAAUGGCCGAAAUCGGUGUGCACUCCAUAGCCUAUGCCUUCCCUAAGGUUAAAAUCGUUACUUCCGCUCUAGAUCCGGAGAUUAAUAGUAAGUUUUAUGUAAUACCCGGCAUUGGCAACUUUGGCGAUCGCUACUUCGGCACGGAGCCCUCCGACGACUACUAG